AUGUCAGAAGCAGAUUUAGAUAGACAGAUUAAGGAAUUGAAGCAGUGCAAGACUUUGACUGAGAGUGAAGUUAGGAAUUUAUGUAACUUAGCAAGAGAUAUCUUUAUUGAAGAAUGUAAUGUUCAGGAGAUUCAAGCCCCAGUUACGAUUUGCGGAGAUAUCCAUGGCCAGUUUUAUGAUUUGAUCGAGCUUUUUGAUAUUGGAGGCGACUGCCCAGAGACAAAUUACCUUUUCCUUGGAGAUUUUGUAGAUAGAGGGUUCUACUCUGUUGAAACUUUCCUUUUAUUGCUUGCAUUGAAGGUACGCUAUCCUGAAAGAAUAGCACUAAUUAGAGGGAAUCAUGAAAGCAGACAGAUCACGCAAGUUUACGGAUUCUAUGAUGAAUGUAUGAGGAAGUAUGGAACAGCAUCUGUGUGGAGAUAUUGUACAGAGAUAUUUGAUUAUCUACCCCUAUCUGCACUUAUCGAAGGGAAAAUAUUUUGUGUUCAUGGAGGUCUUUCACCUGAAAUCAGUAAUCUAGAUGAGAUUAAAUCAAUUGAUAGAAAGCAAGAAGUUCCACAUGAAGGAGCCAUGUGCGAUCUAAUGUGGUCAGACCCAGAUGAUAUUAUGAACUGGAAAUCAAGUCCUAGAGGAGCAGGUUUUCUUUUUGGAGAAGAUAUUGUAGAGAAAUGGAACAGAGAAAAUGAUAUUAAACUUAUUGCUAGAGCUCACCAGCUGGUAAUGGAAGGAUAUAAACAAAUGUUUAACAAUCAGCUUGUUACAGUCUGGUCAGCUCCAAAUUACUGCUACAGAUGAGGAAACGUAGCUUCUAUCCUAGAAAUUAACGAAAACCUUGAAGAAAAUUAUAAGACUUUUAAUGCAGCACCACAGGAAUCAAGAGGGAUUCCAGCCAAGAAGCCUCAAUUAGAAUACUUCUUAUAA